AUGGAAGCCCCCGAUCACCAUCACUCUCCAAAAUCGCCUCAAUCUCCCUCCUCUCCGACAUCCACCGUCUCUACCGGCACUUGUUGCAAAUGCGGCGGCCCCACAACCUUUCCGCCUCCGCCGCCCUCGUGGUCUGAGAGUUCUCCUCCUCCCACCUAUCGACCCAUCAGGGCCCCUGCUAUUCCUCCCGACACUAACACGCAGCGUGCCAUCAUUCUGGCUCCAGUUCCACAAGCCCAGAAAGUCCCCGUCGUUUCCCCUCCCUAUUGUUUUCAAAUCCCAUCUAAGAAAAUUCAAUCUCCGGAUGAUAUUCGCCGCUUCCAGGACUCCGAUUCCGGCAAGAAUUUCCUCGGCUUUGUCGUUGCUCUCUCCGAGUCUAUUCGCGGCCACAAAAUAUCGGAUCCCUGCCAUCAAUCUGACACUAUCAACUGCAUCGUCGCUGUUCUUGAUUCCCUAACUCAAUGGGUCGAAGAAAUCCCUCCCGUCCAGCAAGCCGGCCGUUAUGGUAACAUCGCCUACAGAACUUGGCACAGCCGAUUGGAGAGCAACUGUGACUCCUUGAUGCUUCGCUUUCUCCCGGAGCAACUUCAAUCGGCAACCAUCGAGAUCGGUCCUUAUUUUACCGAUAGUUUUGGUAAUUCUAGCCGAAUCGAUUACGGUACUGGCCAUGAAACAAAUUUUGCAGCCUGGUUGUAUUGCCUUGCGAGAUUGGGGCUAAUCAAAGAGGAGGAUUACCAUGCUGUAGUGGCCAGAGUUUUCGUGAGGUAUCUGGAAUUGAUGAGAAAAUUGCAGUUGGUUUAUAAUUUGGAACCUGCUGGAUCCCAUGGAGUUUGGGGUCUUGAUGAUUACCAUUUUCUGCCCUUCAUAUUCGGGGCUUCCCAGUUGAUCGACCACAAGUAUAUGAAGCCCAAGUCUAUUCAUAACCAAGAUAUACUGGAUAAUUUUUCGAAUGAUUAUCUUUACCUGGGGUGCAUAGCUUUCAUAAAGAAGGUGAAGAAGGGUUUAUUUGCGGAGCACUCUCCAAUGUUGGACGAUAUCAGUGGGGUGCCUAAUUGGAGCAAAGUAAAUAGUGGGUUGUUGAAGAUGUACAAGGCAGAAGUCUUGGAAAAGGUCCCUAUAAUGCAGCAUUUUCUUUUCGGCUGGCUUAUCAAGUGGGAGUAGUUCGUGGAUGCACUUUACUGGGUUGUAGCUGUGGGAUCAAGGCGAAAUUCAGGUUUAGCGAAUUUAUGAAUUAGGAAGGGCAUUAGAAGCAGAAGGGAUUAUAUUCGUAGAAGCCUGCUUUCGUUAUUCAUCUCGUACUUUCUUUUUGAUUCCCUAGAUGCUAUGUGCCCCGUAUGACCAGAGUGCCGGUUUCCUGGCAUCUAGCUAUUCUAGAUAACCUGUACUGGUGGGGGUAAAUAAUUAUGAGAUGGAGUUUGUUUGUUUGAUGCACAAGAGAAGAGUGUCUGUGAUGCUUGUUGUCGAUGAACAGUUAUAUUCUGACGAGUUAUUUAGUGAACUACUAAUAUUUUAGGCCGUUCAUCUUGCAAAUGGGGUUUGGACUUCUUUUUCACGCUUUGCAAUGGACAACCAAGGAUUAGUAGUGUACUACAUUGUUAUUACUACGUAUCAAUACAGAAUGUUGUAACAACAAAUAACAAAGUUAGCGCAAUAGAAAUUUUAUUGGUUUUGCAG